AAACAGCUUCCGUAGUCGGAGUCACAUGAAAGGUUUGUUUUGGUCGUGUGUUGUUGUCGCAAAAUACCAUCUAUUGCUCAUUUCAGACCAUUUUUCCUGUGUUAAAUAUGAUCGGACUAUAUUUUAGAAUUAAGAAGGCUACAAUUUAAGUGUGGUAUUGCAUUAGAAAAGAGGGGUGUGUUGUCUUUCAACGAACGCGUUUGGGGUUUCGAGUCAGUAAAUACUACAGCAUGUUACGUUGGAUUCUUGGAAGUCGGGAAGCCCAAGGCUCAGUGGAGAAAAGCUCCGUGUUGUGCAUUGGAGAGGAACAACCCCAAAACUGCUUCACUGAGCUGCAGGUGCUAAAAGGACAUUUUGACAUUGUUCGAUUUCUGGUGCAGAUUGAUGACUUCAGAUGUGCCUCUGCAGGAGACGAUGGCCUUGUAUUGGUGUGGAAUAUUGAGACAGGGGAGAAACUGCAAGAACUCAGAGGACAUUCACAGCAAAUCACUGCCAUAACUACUUUUGUUUGCAGAAGUGCACUUACAACUCAGAUAUUGCUGAUCACAGCUUCUUCAGAUCGAAGUCUAAGUCUUUGGGAUCCUGAUACAGGCAACAGAGUUCAAACUAUUUCAGAUCUUCAAUCAUCUGUCAAGUGUCUGUUGGUGCUAGAGCGGUUGUGUUUGUGUCUAUCUGGUGGAGAAGAAUUGUGUGUUUGGAACAAAGAUUUUCAACUUCAGUGCCAUCAGCAAAACCACAGUGACACUGGAAUAUUUGUGUUGAUUGAGCUUCCUAAGAAUUGUGUAGCAGCUGCAAUGGAUAAAGAAAUUGUAAUUUACAAGUUAACAGUCUCUGCCAACAACUCUCUUUAUCUGACUGAGAUGCACCAUCUCUCUGAUCAUCGAGAUCAGAUUCGUGCUCUUAUAAAUAUCAAUGACAACAUGUUUGCCACCGGGUCCCAUGCGGGAGAACUCAUUCUCUGGGACGCAAUUGACUACAGCAUUCUGGCCUAUGAACAUAUCUUAUGGGAGGAGACACAAAAUGCAUCUGAAAUACGAAUGGGUUCCUCAAAACCUAGUGAGAUGUCCAUUCAGCAUCUUUGCUCUAAUGGGAAGCUCAUCCUGGCAGCUGUGGGCUGUGGUCUGUAUGUGUACAGUGUUCUGACAAAAACAGUGGUGGCUUACAGAAAAGUCACACAUGACUCCAAUGUUUUACACACCAUGCUGCUGUCUGACAGUGAGCUGAUGUCCUGCUCUGAAGAUGGUAGUGUAAGACUUUGGGAGAUUCAGGACCUGCCACUGCCCGCUGAACCUGCCUCAGCAGGAUUUUUUGGUAUGCUGACUUUUGGACGUGCAAGCAAACAGGCCAUUCCACCAUCAAAGAAAUUUUUUGAUGUCCCUAAUCUCAAGAUGCUGGAGUUGAUAGGAGAUUUGAUUGGCCAUUCAGGACCUGUUCAGAUGUUUGUGAGCUUUAAAGAGAAUGGUUUGGUAACUUGUUCUGCGGACCACCUGCUGAUUUUGUGGAAGAAUGGAGAGAGACAGUCACAUCUGCGCAGUCUGGCACUUUUCCAAAAGCUGGAGGAAAAUGAUACACUGUUAGCUUGCACCUAGAGUCCACUGUAAAGUCAUUUUAACUGUUGGUUAUUUGCAUUUAUUAACUUAUGUAUUAAAUUGUUUUUGUCCAUA